UACAAUUUUGCUUUAUUUCUCUUUUUCUUCCUCUUUCCACUGCUGUGUUCCGCCUGAUUCUUCUUCCUCUCAAAGAAGAAACAACGCUUGUCUUCAAGGAAUCAGUGACUCUUACUUCAUAAUCUAUCAACUUCUGUUGCUGAUCUAUAAAAACAACGGUACAGGAUAUACACUUAAAUGGAAACACAAAAAGAUAUAGGAACCACAUUACGGUAUUUGUCUUGCCCCGUGUCGUUACUCUAGUAGCUGAUUGUAAGGGAACGCCGGUAGUGGGAGAUCCACAAAAUGUCUCGAAGAUUACCCAGUUGACGAGAACACAUAAUGGAAACUUGGGCUUGGCGAUGUGUGGGGAUUCAAUACAUGCAUGUUAGAAAUGCAUGAGGAGGGAUUUGGAAGGUUCCACCAGUUGUGUAAGCUGUUGGUCUUGGAAGCAUUAAACCCUGGUUUUUGAAAGAGGUUAUGGUGGCUCUGUUAUGUCCCAGAAUGAACAGUUUCUGAAAUAAGUAACUGUUAGCAACUGAGGUGUAUUUGGUUCAAUGGAAAAACAUCAAGGUCAGUUGGAAGUGUUGGAGUGUGCAAGGCAGUUAGUGCUCAUCGAUAGGAGGGUAAAGACUGAGCGAAGGAGUCAUUUCUUUUUAGCGGGAUUCCACUUAAAUGAGGGGAAUGUACUGCAGCCACAUGCCUAUUUCGUUAAUAAAUCUGGCCAUAUAGAUAUAGCAACAACAAAUUUGAAGAUAGCUCAAAAGAGUUUUUGGCUAGGGUCUGGUGGGCGCUAUGCCUUCAUGUAUUUUCAUGGCAGAUUUAGACCGGACAUGACUACUGCUGAAGCUGUUGAGCUUGCUGGAAAUGCUGUUUACUUCGCAAGCACAAAAUGCCCUCAUACAGAUUUUGGGGUACAAUUAAUGAUCAUCCAACCUGGUAAAGAAAUAAAGACCUUCACAUUGACCCAAGAACAAGCAGAAAGGCAAUACACUAGGUGGCUUAAAAGGGAGAAAAGGCAACUAGGUAAGUUUGAUUAAGGAUGUCAGGUACACUAUUCUUUCAACAAUUUUCUGUUAGUUUAAUUUGACGUGGGGGUGGGUGGGGAUACGAGAUAAAUGAUAGAAGACUGUAGAUGUUUGGUCUGUUUUCAG